CCUAAACUUAGCCCCUGUGGCUGCUCAGAUCUGUAUGUCACACUGACCCUCAGUGCUACAAAGCUUACAUGUGUUUCUCUCUGUGGAUACUACACACUGUACAGACUUGAGCAGUUUGCUGAAGAAUGCUUUUGGAUAAGUCCACCAGCAUGAGUCUGAUGGACAUCUCUAAGAUCUUUUCUCUUCUUCAACCCAAAGAGGAUGAGGAGGAAGACACCAACUGUUGCCAGGAACUGAAUCAAGCUGUCUUUAAGGAUGACGACAAACUCCUUAUUGAUCUCCUGUCUCAGGAUAAGUACAGGAAAUGCAUCAACCAUCGCAGUGGCUGGGGCAUCCCAGUUACUCCACUGCGCACUGCUGCGGCUCAGGGUCACUUGCGCUGUCUAGAGGUCCUCCUGGCUCAUGGGGCAGAGGUGGACAGCCUGGAUGUUAAAGCUCAGACUCCACUUUUCACGGCCGUCGCUGCCAAACACUUAGACUGUGUUGUUGCUUUAUUAGAAGCUGGUGCAAACCCUAAUGGUAGCCUGUAUAACAACUGCUCCCCUGUGCUCACUGCAGCCCGAGAGGGUGACGUAGACAUCCUGAGGGAGCUCCUGCGACAUGGAGCCGACGUAGAUGUCAAGCCCAAAAUGCCGGACUGGGCCUCAAACGCCACGACCUGCCGAGGACCACUCUACAUUUCAGCUGUUUAUGGCCAUCUGGAUUGCUUCAAAUUGUUACUGCAGCAUGGAGCGAACCCAGACUACAACUGCACUGAGGAAAAGAUGCUGACCAGGAUCAAACAGCCUAAAACUGUUCUGGAGAUGUGUCUGAGAUAUGGCUGUGGGCUAGAAUACAUUAAGCUGCUCAUAGACUUUGGAGCAAACGUGUAUCUACCCACUUUAAUCAUUGACAAAACAGCCAGACAAAAUGAAGCAGUAAUGCUUCUGCUGAAAGAGAGAGUUUGUCCAAAAACACUGAUGUCUCAGACGCGACUUGCUUUAUGGAAGUUUCUUCCCACGGAAAACAAAAUGUGCUCCAUAGAUUGUCUGGACAUUCCCAAAAUACUGAAGGACUAUUUGAAUCAUGUUUGUUGAUGCAGAGUCGCUUCUGAACUCUGCAAGACUGUGGCCCUCCAGGAGCUGAGUUUGACACCCCGGAUCUACACUGAACUUUAGAAGAUCUCAAAAAAAAACCAAAAAAAAAAAACCAAUAAGUGGGUCUGAAAUCUAUUUAUUAAAUCAGAUAUAUUGCUAUAUGGGCCAAUCAACUGAUUCAAAGUCAGAGUUGGAAACAUAUUGAAAAAAAAUGUGUCUUUUUCCACAAAUUUUGUAUGUAUAUAUGCAAAUUGCAUAAUAUCCAAAAUACACAUUUCUAGUAAUUGUGCAGUUAA